AUGGUUUUGGUCACACUGGUGCCUGGUACAAAUAUAACUGCCACAGUCUCAGUGGACGUUAAACCGGAAGGUUUCCCCCUGAAGUUAAGGUGUCCUCUGCAUCCUGUAGGUCCUAUAGACGACAGAAAGAUGAAGAUUGCAUUUACAGUUGUUUUCAUUGUCAUGUAUGCAGUCACUGCCUGCAUGUGUGAGAAUGAAAAGAGUAGCGUUCAUUCACGUAAGAAGAGGAACGCUGUCCAGUUAGGCUGGAUGAUCUUCAGUCGCACCAGGAGGUCUGCCCUGGCUUAUAACGGUUAUGGUUGUAGGUGUGGUCUGGGUGGAAGAGGAACACCUAAAGACGGAGUGGACAGCUGUUGUCUCGUCCAUGACAGGUGCUACGGACGGCUGACCAGAAGUGGAUGUCCCAAUCCUGUGCUGAAUACCUAUAGAUACACGCUGCGCGGAGGAAUUGUUUGCAAUAGCAGAAGAAACGACGUGUGUGAGCAGAUUGGCUGUGAAUGUGACAGAGCACUUGCCUAUUGCUUUGCCAGGAACAUUUAUAACGUCCGCUACCGGAACUGGAGGGGGAGCUGUUAAACGCUUUAUGACGUCACACUUUUUAAAUUCUGACGUCACACUUUUUAAAUUUUUGACGUCACUAUCUACAUGAAUCAAAUUGUUCUUAAAUCAUUUUUUAAUGAACAGUCUGAAAGAUGUUCUAUUUGCUGCAAAUAAAACAAGCAUAUGGGAUGCCAUUAUCCAUGCUUCGUAUAUACUUGUACCGUAUUUAUUGCUACACUUCUCCGUUUAAUCCCAAGUAUUGCUAUAUAAAUUAUAUUGCGUCUGUAAACAUGUCUUAUUAGAUAAAAAAAAGUUUUGAUGAAAUCAGUAGUUUAAAUGAAUAUAAAGACAUUCAAUACAACUCCAGUCAAGUGAAGUAAUCUUGUAUUUUGAUCUCAAAAAAUGACUUUUGUAAUAAAUGAUGUUUCCAGUUUAUAAAGUACCCCUAUUGACGCAAACAUUUUUGCCAAUAUUCAUGCUAACAUAGUACUAGAUACCACAACUUUUAUUUCGG